GGUGCAGGAGGGGCGGGGGGGAGCAGAGGGAGGCGCGCGGCGCCGCACGGCCGACGUGGGGCUCGCGCUCUCGCGGUCUCUCCCGGGCUGGCGGGCGGGCACGCGCAGUGGCGGGCGCGCGCGCGGACGGCCGGGCGGCGGUGGCUGCUGGAGGUGGAGGCUUCACUUUCCUAGACUCAGGGGCAGCCACAGCGGCAGCCGUGGGCAGCAGCCUCCGAAGCCAGAGCUGGAACGGCCGGGGGCGGCGGCAGCGAAAGCGCUGAGGGAUCUAAAAUGUCCACUGAGGCACAAAGAGUUGAUGACAGUCCGAGCACUAGUGGAGGAAGUUCCGAUGGAGACCAACGUGAAAGUGUUCAGCAAGAACCAGAAAGAGAGCAAGUUCAGCCCAAGAAAAAGGAGGGAAAAAUAUCCAGCAAAACUGCCGCUAAAUUGUCAACGAGUGCUAAAAGAAUUCAGAAGGAACUUGCAGAAAUUACAUUGGACCCUCCUCCCAACUGUAGUGCUGGACCCAAAGGAGACAACAUUUAUGAAUGGAGGUCAACUAUAUUGGGACCCCCAGGAUCUGUCUAUGAAGGAGGGGUGUUCUUUCUUGACAUUACCUUUUCACCAGACUAUCCAUUUAAGCCCCCUAAGGUUACCUUCCGAACAAGAAUCUAUCACUGUAAUAUUAACAGCCAAGGCGUGAUCUGUCUGGACAUCCUAAAGGACAACUGGAGUCCGGCCCUAACCAUUUCUAAGGUUCUCCUCUCCAUCUGCUCCCUUCUUACAGAUUGCAACCCUGCUGACCCUCUGGUGGGCAGCAUCGCCACACAGUACAUGACCAACAGAGCGGAACACGACCGGAUGGCCAGACAGUGGACCAAGCGGUAUGCCACAUAGGGGCCUGCUGCCCGCGCCGCGCCGGACCUGUGCAAGCACAUUCACCAAGUGCAUCAAUAGCCCUGCCCAGCCCUCCAGACCUUGGUUCUUAUUGUCCUAUUUUUAUUAAAUUUGGAACCAUGUUGUGAUGGUAUGUCCUCUAUCCCUUCUUCCCACUGCUUCUUCUCUCUCUCUCUCUCUCUCUCUCUCUCUCUCUCUCCCUCUCCUCCCUCCCUCUCUCUCUGUCUCCCUCUGUCUGCCCCUCUCUCCCUCUCUCUCUCUCUCUCUCUCUCUCUCUCCCUCUCUCUCUCUCUCUUCCUCCCUCUCUCUCUCUCUCUCCCCCUUUCUCUUUCUCUCCUUUCCCUCCCCAUCUCUCUCUCUCUCUCCUUUCCCAUUGAAUUCCCUUUUUGGUUUCUGUUAACUUGAAAGAUUUGGGAUUAUUUUUUUCCCACCUCAAGGUGGACGGGAACUUUUGUUUUCAGUGCAAAUAAUGUUGGAUCUGUAAUAGUAAGAGCUUUCUUACAAAGCUUUAUAUUACUGUGUGGUUUUGUUUUUUGUUGUUUGUUUUAUUUUGAUUUUUUUUUCCUUUUAUGUGAUCUUUGGGAAAAUACAGAUUCAGAGUUAUAUCUCGUUUCUACUUAAAUGUAGUGCUAGGGUUAAUUUUUUGUACUGAAGUCUUUAUUGGUGGGUGCAUGCUACUGGGAACAAGUUUUUGUAUAAAAGCUUCAAUCAGAAUCACUGUGCAUUACUGAGACUCUGUUUAUCACUAGCCUUCUGUCCCCCUUGCAGAAGACUGUUGGAUUGAACAAAAUAAUAUGUAUUUUGAUUUACUUAAAGUGCUUGUAAAUUUCUUAGGGACCUGCCACUUUUGACUGUGGAUCAGUUGAUGUACACUUGUAUUAUUAUUAAAGCACUCAAUAAAUCACUGUGGCUGAUAAAUGCA